CCGACGAGCUCGCACGUACUCUCCACGCUCUUCUUUCGAUGCCCCGACCGCUCAACCCAGACGGCCGCAGGAUCCGCACCAUCAUCAUCUCUGCCCCGUUCCUCGUCGCGUCGUCUCUCCUCCUGUACAAGCGCCUCUACCUCGGCGAGGAGCAGCGGCAUCUCCCGCCGCGCCCGCCGCACAUGGCGACGGCCGUCCCGGCGCAGCAGCAGCGCGAGCUCAAAGGCGAUCUUGAGGGCGUGCCGGCAGACAUCGCGAGGCGCAUCAGGGACGCAGAGGAUGAGAGCAGGCGGUGACGGGUUCACUUCUCGACAGCUCUCGCUCCACGCACCUUAGUACUCCCACCCUCGCAUCUGCAACGACGUACCUCUCGCGCA